AUGGAGAUCCGAAGGUUACCGUCGGGAUGGAUGCAAUUAUUCGUUCCUACCGCACUCCUGGUAACACCAGAGACGCCAUACAACGUUGCCACAUCCUCUGAUACCAUCAUCCAGCAUUGGCACUUCGUGUUACUGCCUAUCGCGGGCGUACAGACGUCAUGCUCAACCCUACAGGGCUUCUACGACGGUCGACGCAUCGUAUACACUAAGGUUGUAGAAGGCGAAAAGGUAUAG